AUGGCUGCCGUAGCAGACACCUCGUUUUCCUGCUCCAUUGAGCUCCAGAUUCCCUUUCCCACCAACCGCCUAGCCUCGAUCGCGCUGCAAUCCAUCCAGGUCGACCCGGAGCUGUCGCCGCUCGUCCGACGGCAUCUCUCCCUCACGUCGUCGCCUACUGACGCUGGCGCCGACGGUGGCCCGCAGGUGCUGCGAGUCGACUACCGAGCCGCGACGAACCGCAUGCUCCGCGUGGCUGUCAACUCCUUCAUGGACAGCCUGAAGCUGGUGGUUGAGGUAAUGGAGCAUCUGGAUGCGGAUGUGCUCGCGCAGCAGCAGCCGCCGCCGCCGCCGCCGACGGAAUGA